GAUUAGAAAAAAAAAAAAAGCGCAGCGAGCGUGAUCCGCUCGGUUCGGUGAUAGUAGUUGCGCAUUCCGGCCGGUUACGCCUGUCCGAGAAAUGCGGUUCUGAAUCGGCGACGGUGCGGCGCGGCUUGCGAGUUGCGCUCAUUGCGCUUUCGCGGGGUGGGUGGCGACGGACGAGGAGGAGGGACGCGAGUCGUCGGUGUAUUCGGUAUUGUCAGCGCGCGCGUUCCCGUUUCCAAAGUACGUCUCGUCAAUUUGUUGCCGAGACGGCAGCUGACAGCAGCAAGCGAGAGUUUACGCUGCCGGACUCCGGCGGCAGAAGAGAAGCAAAGCAAGCGAGGCGAGGAAAGUAAGGAGGAGAGAGUGAGAGCGAAUGAGAGAGGUAGGCAGGGUAGCAAGAUGGCGAGCUCCUUAACGUGGUCGUGUUGCCUGCGUUUUAAAUUCAGCCCGGAGGAGAUUGAGCAGCGUUAUAAGAGCCAGGAGAUCGACCGGAUGCUGGAGAAGGAUCGGCAGACGUUUCGCCGGCAAGUGAAGCUGCUACUGCUUGGCGCGGGAGAGAGCGGCAAGUCGACAUUCCUCAAGCAGAUGCGGAUCAUUCACGGUAUCAAGUUCGAGCCUGAACUAAUUAAGGAAUAUCAACAUGUAAUCUAUCAGAAUAUAAUAAAGGGUAUGAAGGUUCUAGUAGAUGCACGGGAUAAACUAAAUAUUCCUUGGGAGAACUCUAAGAAUUACGAUAUCGGUUUUCAAUUACUCAAGUUUGAGAAUACCAUGGUGUUGGAUACUAGAUUAUUUCUGCAUUAUGUGCCAGCAUUGCAAAGUUUAUGGACGGAUGCAUCGAUUAAAAGAGCAUUUGACAGGCGAAGAGAAUUCCAAUUAAGUGAUUCUGUCCAGUACUUCUUAGAUAAUCUUGAUAGGAUUGCAAGAGUGGAUUAUACACCGACACAUCAGGAUAUUCUACAUUGUAGAAAGGCGACAAAAGGAAUUUCCGAAUUUGUAAUACCGAUUAAUAAUAUUCCAUUCCUCUUUGUUGAUGUUGGCGGUCAAAGAUCUCAAAGGCAAAAAUGGUACCAAUGCUUUGACUGCGUGACGUCUAUACUUUUUCUUGUAUCAUCAUCGGAAUUUGAUCAGGUCUUGUUGGAAGAUAGGAGAACUAACAGAUUGGAAGAAUCUAAGAAUAUAUUUGAUACAAUUGUGAAUAACAUGAUAUUUUGUGGUGUGUCUAUAAUUUUGUUUUUAAACAAAACGGAUUUGCUCGAUAAAAAAGUAAGGUCGCAGGAUACAAAUAUCCGUUACUAUUUUCCACAAUUUGCGGGUGAUCCACAUUCCAUGAAGGACGUGCAAAAUUUUAUCCUUGAUAUGUUCGUCUCGGUCAAAAGGGAUCCAAGGAAACCGUUGUUUCAUCAUUUCACCACUGCAGUAGACACAGAAAAUAUUAAAGUCGUCUUUAAUGCUGUGAAGGAUACUAUUUUACACCGAAACUUAGAGUCCCUUAUGCUUCAAUAGUGUAGAAGUGGAGUAAUUAAUCAGAUAAAACAGCUAGUAAAACAAAGUGAUGUCUCUUUAGAGGUAUACAGGAGAGAGUGUUCUAUGUAUUAUCGAAAUACAAUGAAAAAAAUAUGAAAAGGAGAUAUAAUAGUUAACGAGAAUAAUGUAAAUGGUACAGAUGCAUAAACAAUAAUCUGUGACGUUUGAAAGCACAAUAAUAUAUUUAAUUUUUU